AUGCGCGCCCCCUCCUCGCUCGUCCUUAGGAGCUUGGGCUCGCGUACUGGACCACGCAACUGCCGUCCAGCACACUUCUCUGUGACAAAGGGUCUUGUUCGGAUAUCCUCAAGGACAGUCGCCAGCUAUACUCACCCCCACCAUGCCUCCGCUCUCUCCGUGCUUCCCACCGCAGUGGACACCUCAUCGCCCGAGUACCGGGAGAACAGCCAGCAAAUGCAGGAACUCCUAGACCGCAUGAGUGGUCUCCAUGCCAAGAUCUCUCAAGGUGGCCCACAAAAGGCCCGCGAUAAGCAUGUCGCCCGUGGCAAGAUGCUGCCUCGUGACCGAGUCUCAGCGCUGAUCGACCCGGGCACUUCGUUUCUCGAACUGUCCCCGCUCGCGGGCCAUGAGGUGUACGAAGGGGAGGACGUUCCAGCCGGCGGUAUCAUCACGGGCAUUGGUACGGUUGAGGGUGUCAACUGCAUGAUCGUGGCAAAUGACAGCACCGUCAAGGGCGGCACAUACUACCCGAUCACGGUCAAGAAGCAUCUUCGCGCACAGGCAAUCGCCCAAGAGAACCGACUGCCCUGUAUCUACCUCGUCGACUCGGGCGGCGCCAACCUCCCCCAUCAGGCCGAUGUUUUCCCAGACCGCGACCACUUCGGCCGUAUAUUCUUCAACCAGGCGCGCAUGAGUUCUCUUGGCAUCCCGCAGUUGUCUGUUGUCAUGGGGCCCUGCACUGCCGGCGGCGCCUAUGUGCCUGCCAUGAGCGAUGAGACCAUCAUCGUCGAGAACCAGGGAACUAUCUUUCUGGCUGGUCCGCCACUCGUCAAGGCCGCUACGGGUGAAAUCGUUUCUGCUGAGGAUCUGGGCGGAGGUGAAUUGCACUCUACCAUCUCCGGCGUGACAGAUUACUUGGCCGUCGAUGAUGCCCACGCCCUCAUUCUCGCCCGCCGCUCAGUCGCCAACUUGAACUACCCUCCUACCAAUAUUUCGCAACCUCUUGAAGAUUCCGUAGUCAAAGAACCCCUCUACGACCCUGCAGAGUUGAAUGGCAUAGUUGGGACAAAUCUCCGCCGCCAAAUCCCUGCGCACGAGGUCAUCGCACGUAUCGUGGAUGGCAGCGAAUUCGCCGAGUUUAAGCGCGACUAUGGCACCACGCUGGUAACAGGAUUCGCCAAGAUCCACGGCCACCGUGUUGGCAUUGUCGCUAAUAAUGGUAUUCUGUUCUCUGAGUCCUCGCUCAAGGGAGCGCACUUCAUCCAGCUGUGCGCUCAGCGACGCAUCCCUCUCGUCUUCCUGCAGAAUAUCUCAGGCUUCAUGGUCGGCGCCGAUGCCGAGAAGGGCGGUAUUGCAAAGAAUGGCGCGAAGCUGGUGACGGCUGUCGCGUGUGCCGACGUGCCAAAAUUCACCGUGGUGUUUGGCUCGAGCGCUGGUGCUGGUAACUACGGCAUGUGUGGUCGUGCCUACUCCCCUCGCUUGAUGUUCAUGUGGCCUAACUCCAAGAUCGGCGUUAUGGGCUCCGAGCAACUCUCCUCCGUAAUGGAAGCCGUCGGAAAGACGACAGACCCAGCAUUGAAGGCUCGUAUUGACCACGAAUCAGAGGCAAUUUUCUCAUCCGCUCGUCUUUGGGAUGAUGGUGUAAUCCCGCCAGCGCAAACAAGAAAGAUGCUUGGGCUGGGCUUGGCCGCCGCUCUUGGUGGCAAGGAGGAGCCAGAUAUACAGACCCGGUUUGGAAUAUUCCGGAUGUAG